AUGGAGCCCCAGCCUGGCUGCGUGGUGGUGACCGGUUUCGGGCCCUUCCGGCAGCACCUGGUGAAUUCCAGCUGGGAAGCAGUGAAGGAGCUCUCCAAGCUGGGCCUGGGGAGCGACGCGGAGGUGGAGCUGCGGGCGCUCCAGCUGCCCGUGGAUUACAGGGAGGUGAAGCGGAGAGUCACCAGAAUCUGGGAAGAUCUGCAACCGCAACUCACCGUGCACGUGGGCGUGGACGCCGCCGCCAAGGCCGUGGUUCUCGAGCAGCGCGGCCGGAACCGCGGGUAUCGCGAGACCGACGUCCGUGGCUUCCGGCCCGAGCAGGGCGCGUGCGUCCCGGAUGGCCCGGAAGUGAUUGAGUCGCGGGUCGACAUGAAGGCGGUCAGCAGGCGCGUGGCUGUGGAGGGCGUGGAGGUGAUGUUCUCCCGCGAUGCCGGCAGAUACGUCUGCGAUUACACCUACUACCUGUCUUUGCAUCACGGAGAUGGGCGUGCGGCGCUCAUCCACGUGCCCCCGCUGUCUCCGGAGCUCCCCGCCAGCCUGCUGGGGAAAGCCCUGCAAGUCGUCAUCCAGGAGAUGCUGGCGGACGUGAGAAUGCCCAGGGUCAAAGCCUGGUGCCCAGAAAACAAACCCUCGGUGGUUCCAGCCAGGCAGAACCAACCCGGGCGCUGCUGCCCCUUUGGAGACAAGGGGACGUGUCAGUCCUGUGUGGAGAGUUCAGCUGUGCUUGGGGAGGCGUUUUAA